AUGUAGAUAUCACCGUAGUCCCUUUAAUGACAGUGCAGGGUGAAAGAGAGAAAGACUCGCCUUAUCUAGCAAUGAGAAAAUGAGGGAAGGGGGGUUUGGCAAUCACUUUUACGUCAGCCGUUCCAUGUGGGCGUGAGGCAAAAAAAAAAGCAUUCGUUUAACGUGGGUGCACCAUCGCAGUCCUCUUCGACUCACGGUUCGCAGAAGAAAGGCGAAAAGAACACGCAGGAAACCAUUACUGCUGCUAGAGUUGAUAGCGAUGUCUGAUGUGCAGACUUUACCUUCGUUUCUCCUUCUAACUAUUUAAGGUCUGCAUACGCCAAUGGUUUUACCACACGUAUGAUGGGAUUAACUUGGAGCGGCAGAUAUAUCGCACUGUUUCUUGCUGUUCAGUUAGCGUAUCUGCUACAAGCGGUGAGAGCGGCAGGGAAAUGUGACACGGUAUUCAAAGGUUUCUCAGACUGUUUAUUAAGACUUGGGGAAAAUAUGGUAAACUACCCACAGGACCUGGACGAGAAGAAAAAUCUACAGACCAUCUGCUCAUACUGGGACGAUUUCCAUGCAUGCGCCACCACUGCGCUGGCUGACUGCCAAGAGGGAGCGACGGAUCUGUGGGAAAAGCUCAAAAAGGAGUCAAAAAACUUGGAGUUCCGGGGUAGCCUGUUUGAACUGUGCGGUGGAGGCAACGGGGCAUCUAAACCCGGAGUCCCGUUUGGCUUCACGUUGCUUCUAACGGCCAUUUCUGCGCUAGUGACUUUUCUUGCAUUUUAGAAAAAAAGAAAAAGAGGCAAAGAAAAAGACUGCCAACAUGAAAAUACUUCACAGAAAUCUAGCAAACGAAUUCAUUUUAUUCUUCAUCUAAAUGGAUUUAUACUUCGGAGAAAAAAAACAUCUUAAUCCGAAGGGGAAGGCGACCUGAUUUUGCUCACGUUAUUCACAGGCCGUCUUUUAGAAAAGCUCAAGCAUUCUGACGGACCUGGGGUCAAUCACAAUAAGCGUUAGGAGCAUUUCAGUUUAAAUCCAGAUUGGCAUUUCGCUCAUUUACGGUUGUGGCCUUCAUUACUGAUUAAUAACAUCAUCAACCCCGUGAUAAAAUAUUAAUGUUAUGAAAUUAUUGUUAUUAAUUCAUCUGGAUGAUCAUAUGCUUAUGACAUGCAUUUCUGUGCUAGACGAGGACAAUGUACCUAAAAUGAAUGCAUUCGAAAUAACAGAAUUGCAAUACGCCCCAGGUCUGCCUCCAUGUCACUUCAUUUUUAGAUACGUUCUCUUUAUUUGUCAAAUACAUUAUCAAGCCAAGUAUAAAUGGAUCAAGUCGUCGAGGAUAUAACUCUUUCAUAUGGCACUCACUCAUCAUCCCCCCCAAAAGAGAAGGAAAUACAAUACAUUUUAAAGGGGAAAUCCAGGAACGGCUUCAACCAUUUCAAACACGGUUCGUGAUGAAGGAUUUUUGUCGGGGAAAGGAAGACAAUGGUGUAAAGAAAUCAAGAACUAAAGGAAACGGUAUCCCAGCCAAUGAGAAAAGAAAUCGAAAGCCUUCCAUAACCUUCAGGAAGCAGAUGAUGAAAAGAAUGACUGUUGUCGCUCCGUUCUAAUGUUUCUGCCAUAUAAUGCGUCCUCACAUACACCCUGAAACGUUGUAUUUCAAAAGUCUUCUAAUAUAAGAACAUGAAGGUGGUGAAAAUAAUUAUUUGGAUGAAGUUAAAAAAUUCCAUAUUAAUUUGAGGUUGCCAAUGCAUAGACGUUUUACUGCCCUUUGAAAAGAAAUUGAUUUUGUUUGAUGGAUGGUUAGUUGGUUGGCCCAUGGGGCUGUUGCAUAUGAUACAGAAAUAUUCCAAAACUAUAGAAACAAAUAAAUUACUAUACUUAUUAAAAUAUUUUCAGAAAAGGG